GAAGUCUUAGAACUGAGGUUGGGUUGGGGGCAAGGGGAGCACAGAUGGAAUCGUCAUCGUCAUCGUCGCUGUCAAUUUGGGAAUUCAUUGUAAUCAUCUUCCUACGUCCCCUUUUAGCCAUAGCUUUUGUUCUCUCCUUAAUCACUCUUGGUUGGUUAUUGGCUUGGAAAAUGGUGCUGGUUCACGUUCCUUUGGUACAAGAAGUUUUCGGUCUUAAAAAGAAACCUAUUCGAUCUAAGCCCCAAACUGGUCGUCUCUCCAAAAUUUACAGUCAAAUUAAUUCCACCCCUAUUUCACCUUCCACUUAAAUUAAAGAUAUGAUCAUUGAAUUAUAAAAAGUUUGUUGAAAAUGGCAAACAUGGGAACUUUGGAUAGUAGGACAGGCACAGGCAGUCAGUGACUCCAAUGAUUGAAAUCAAAUGAAAAAACUCCAAGUUGCAUACAACACGCCUCAAAAGCUUUGGAGAUUUUUAUAUUAUAAUGCUUGUACAUAAUAAUACCAGUAUUAGUUAAUUAACUUAAGAAAACUAGAUCACGAUUGAUCUUACUCUACAUAUUUGUGUCAAGUGAUAAUUAUUUAUGAUUUAUUUUUAUGAUUGCUCUAA